AAUUAAAUUAAAAUAUGUCUAAAUAUUAUCUUGGAUAUUUAUAUUUGUUGUGUAUACUCGUUUUUAUCUUGAUAAAAACCUGUAAUGCAACAGAAUGCAUCAAGUGCUUUACCUAUCCAAUUUGCCCUAAAUGUGCUAAUGAUGAAACAUGUGUUAUAGUAAAACCUGAUUGUCAUUCAUGUGGAUCCGCGGAUUGCGUUAAAAAAGCAACUACUGCCGAUUCCAUCAAUUCCUCAAUUCCAACUAACUCUAACAUCUAAUCCAUCUACUUGUAAAGUAACUCAACAUUAACAUUUAAUCAGCCAGAUAAAAUAGAAAUUGACUUAUAAGUCGCUAAUCAAGUUAUUUUUAUGUAAUGAAAAUCCAAAUGUUUUUUUUUUUAUUUGAAAAUUAUUUACAAAGAAAUAAAAAGUCAAAGUAAUCAAGAAGCUAAAAAAAUAUAAAAGACAAAUUGAAAAAACAAAGUUUCUCAAGGUGAAUACUAUUUAACGUACUGGCUAGU